AUGGUCUCUGUUUUCCUAUACAGAAAUAACAAGAAUGAUCCUACCAAUUGUUGGUGUCAAAUAAUAUCAGAAACUGGAAGUUUAACUCAAGUUAUAUUCAAUGUCUCUACUUUUAUUGGCCAACAAUACAAAUUAUCUAUUUCUAAUGGAACUUCUACCAGUUAUUUUAACAACGAUAUGUUUCAAGAUAAUUUCUACACCAGUGGAUCAAUGGAGUUAAGAUUAGACAAAAAUAAAUGUUCUGGAAAUGAUGGUCUAGAAUUUGGAAUUAACAUUGCAUCAACCCCAGAUAAUAUCAAUAUAACUUGUCACAAUACAGCUGUUACAACACCAAAACUCUGUCCACAGACCAAUAAUACAGAUACAACCACAGCUACAAGUCCCUUAACAACCAUAAGUCCAACAACAACUAUAAGUCCAGCUACAAGUAUAGUAACAGAACCGUCAGAUACAGCACCAAUUGGUACAAAUACUGCAUCAUCUGUAGAAAUAUAUUCAACUGAAAAAGCUUCAAAUGGAACAACAAAUAGUCAGAAUAAUAAAACUACCGAUAGUACCACAGAUGAUCUAGGUAUAGGUUUGAUAGGAGGUAUAGCUGGUGGCGCUGUGGUAUUGAUCAUUCUGAUUUUGAUAUUGAUCAUUUGCUUUGUGAGACGUAAACGACGAAAGAAAGAUCAAUACGAUCAACCCUCCCCAGCAAGACCUUUACCGGAUGCUGGAUAUGUUACUGUAGACAUUGGUCAACAUGACAAGGAUAAUAAUUCGUCUCCGAGUGCUGUUGUUAUCGAAGAUAGUGCUGAUUCUGUGUCAUCAAGGCAACCAGCCACAAAACAAGGAGGCGAUGGUCAAAUUCAAAUGGAAAUUAUAGAGAAUGAUCUCUACGUGAGUUCUGAUGACGUCAUGAAUUACGAAUCAAACGAUGAUAAUAAUAUCAAUGGAAUACCGGAAGUAGAAUAUGCCGUUGUAAAUAAAAAACGUAAACCGGAUAAGCCUUUGAAAGAGACGUCUGUAGAUAGUGGUGUCUCUAUGUCUUCAAAUGAACCCAAUAGUGAUCAUGACCGGAAGUUUGUUCUGGGACCUCAAGGCGAUGAAUAUACGCUUGUUACUAAAACUUAG